GCGCGUUGUGAAUGCUAGCGUCACAUUCCCUCGGCGGCGAUACAGCGUAAGAUCUCCAUGGCAGCGUAAAUUAGUUUAUCUUCGAUACGCACGCAUUUGUCCAUGUUAUGAAGGCUGUUUUCAAACUUUUCCCCGUCUGUGAAUCAUUCGAUUCCAAAAUAGUGUCAAAAUGGGAGAGAGGACCCUAGUUUCUCAACAUACACUAGUCAAGUAUGGAAAUCCGGUGCUUGUAACGAAAAAACGGGACAAAUCGCCGUAUAAAUGCACUCCUGGGCCAAGCACCAGCUCUGACAAACGGGGUGCAGUCGGCGGAGUGGAAAGAGAUAAGGACACGGAGGAUAUUUUGAACUGCAUCUUGCCACCGCGUGAAUGGGAACAAGAUGGUCAGUUAUGGAUUCAGCAAGUCUCAAGCGACCCGGCAACACGGCUGGAUGUACUAAAAUUGGCUGAGCAGUUGGACAUGCGCCUUCAGCAGCGGCAAGCUCGAGAGACCGGCAUAUGUCCUGUCAGAAGGGAGCUCUUCACUCAAUGUUUCGAUGAACUCAUUCGACAGGUGACCAUCAACUGCGCUGAGAGGGGUCUCCUCUUGCUCCGCGUUCGGGACGAGUUGAGAAUGACCGCUGUAGCCUACCAGAAAUUGUACGAAAGCAGUAUUGCCUUCGGCAUACGAAAGGCUCUAUACGCGGAACAAGGAAAGGAAGACAUGGCAGAAAAAGUAGAGCAACUAACGGCGGAGAAGAAUAAGCUCCAACUCCAAGUGGUUGACCUGAAGGCAAAGGCUGAUAUGAUAGAGCGGAGAGCGAAAGAGUUACGUCUGGCCGAAGAAAAACAGCAUGCUGAGGAGAUAAGUUUCUUGAGGAGGGCGAACCAGCAGCUGAAGGUGAGAAAGAUUUGAAAAUCAGUAACUAGAAACGAGAAGACCUUUUAUGGGAGUGGUAAGGGGUAAAUCAGGAAGAUACUCAGAAAAAGGAAUACAAUCAGAAAUUGAGGCAAAAGGCUUUUAUGUAACUAGGAUCUACACUGCCGUGCUAAGGAAGCCGUAUGGACAUUCAAGAGUUGCCAAAUUUCCUUGAAUAAAACAUCUACUCGUGAGGAGAGUUUCCUUACUUUUCCUUGAAAUUUUCAGAAACCCUACAUUAAAUGGCGAACAAAAUUGUCGGAAAAUUUUAAAAUAUUCACCAUUUUCCCA